UGCUCCGGCGAUAGCACGUGUGGCGCGUUAACAAAAUUUGAAUUUAGAACAAUAGUGUUGUGUUGUUAAAUCUUCUUUCGACUCAAGUUAUUAUGACAUAGACAGUGAAAGACUUAUAAAAGCAAUAUUUUUUUAAUCGAAUAAGUGCGAUGGAAUCAGAUAUAGGAGAAACACAGACUCAAAAAAAAACACCAAAACCUUUCUCAAUAGAAUCCAUAAUCGGUACAGAUAGAAAAUCACCCGACAUUGAUAUAGAGAAUAACCUAUCAGAACAUUCUAGAAACUCCGAAGAAGAUGACACUGAAAGGUUAGAGGAAAUCAACCGGAUGCGUUAUUAUUUUAAUGCGCCAUUUCUGCAGCAGAGCGGUGUUAGUUUCCCUUUUCUACUAGGUUAUCAUGAACCUUGGUUAUCGAGGGUUUUUAACUCUAGUCAGGGUGCAACAGUGACGGAGAAUAAAGAAGAAGAGAAGAGAGAUAGCCCCGUCAGUGUUGGCAGUGAGGUGGAAAGCGACGGCGGCGAAGAUAACACUCAAGGAAACGACUCCGAGCCAGACCUUGAGGACUCCAGUACCGACACCCCGCGGGAGACCAGCAAAGCUCGCCGGAGAAGGACCGCCUUCACAUCCGAACAACUGCUGGAGCUGGAGAGGGAGUUCCACGCGAAGAAGUACCUCAGUCUGACGGAAAGAUCUCAGAUAGCGUCCGCUUUGAAACUUAGUGAAGUUCAGGUUAAAAUAUGGUUUCAAAACCGAAGAGCGAAAUGGAAGCGCGUGAAAGCCGGCCUCGCGUCUGGCAGUCAUUCCGGCGGGAAAAACGGUUCCGGCACCAAAAUAGUUGUACCAAUACCGGUUCAUGUGAACCGAUUCGCCGUACGCACCCAACACCACCAGAUGGAGAAACAAAACGGCCUACAAUACCGAUUGGACCGAACACAACCAUUACCCGGCAGUCUGUUACAAUCGCAAACGUCAGCAUUUUUGAGUGCAUCGAAAAUAAACCAACCGGAUAAUCGAGAAUCGAUACUAAAUCCGGUUUUAGGUCGCAACACUAUUUAUGAGGCGAGCAUGUCCGCUAGGUUGGCCACAAUGAAUCAAGCCAAUAUGAGACAUUUCAGUAAUCAAAAUGGCCGACCUAGCUAAUUUUAGGUUGUAUAUAUUUUUAGUUUUGUGCGGACCAUCCUAAUUAGUUUUAGAGGUUGCGAUUUGGACAUGGCAUCCCUUCUGUUCGAUCCCUUGGCUCAUUCAAACGGGGAUC